CUUUAUUUCCGUUUUACUAAUAAAGAAAAAGGAAAAUUCGAAGCCAAAACCCACACACAGCACACUAUGCUAUGCUAUACUCUCUAAUCCGUUUGCGCCGUUACGCUUGUCCGCAUUCUCGGCUUCUUCGUCUUCCUAUUAACCAUUUCUCCUCCGCCGUUGCCGCCAUGGUUGCUCACGCGAAGGACGACGCCUACCUUCAGGCGGCGAUUCCGAAGCGCAUCAAGCUGUUCGAGACUAUUCAGGCGGAGCAGCGAACGCAGCGCCUCUCGCUCUCGCCGGAUCCUAUUAAAGUUACUCUUCCCGACGGCGGCGUGAGGGAGGCGAAGAAAUGGCUCUCGACUCCGCUCGACGUGGCGCGCGAAAUCUCUAAGAAUUUGGCCAACAACGCGCUCAUCGCCAAAGUCAAUGGCGUGCUCUGGGAUAUGGCGCGCCCGCUUGAGGACGAUUGCCAGCUCCAGAUCUUCAAGUUCGACGACGACGAAGGUCGCGACACGUUCUGGCACUCCAGCGCACACAUACUCGGCCAGUCUCUUGAGACGGAGUAUGGGUGCAAGCUCUGCAUUGGACCUUGCACUACAAGAGGAGAGGGAUUCUAUUAUGAUGCGUUUUACGGUGACUUGGGUCUCAAUGACGAUCACUUCAAGCAAAUUGAAGCUGGCGCAUUGAAGGCUGUUGCGGAAAAGCAACCGUUUGAGCGCAUUGAAGUUACACGUGAUCAGGCACUGGAGAUGUUUUCUGAUAAUAAGUUUAAGAUUGAGAUUAUCAAUGAUUUGCCUGCCGACAAAACUAUCACGGUAUACAGAUGUGGUCCCCUGGUUGACUUGUGUCGUGGACCCCAUAUUCCUAAUACAUCCUUUGUCAAAGCAAUUGCAUGUUUAAAGGCUUCGUCAGCAUAUUGGAGGGGGGACAAAGAUCGUGAAAGUUUACAAAGAGUUUAUGGCAUAUCUUAUCCUGAUCAGAAGAGUUUAAAGGAAUACUUGCAUCGGCUGGAGGAGGCUAAAAAGUAUGAUCACCGGAUUUUGGGUGUGAAGCAAGAGCUUAUUCUUCAUCAUGAAUGGAGCCCAGGAAGCUGGUUUUUUCUUCCACAUGGUACUCGUGUCUACAACAAACUCAUGGACUUCAUUAGAAAUCAGUACAAAGACAGGGGUUAUCAAGAGGUCAUAUCUCCAAAUGUAUUUAACAUGGAUCUGUGGGUGCAAUCUGGUCAUGCUGCAAAUUAUAGAGAGGAUAUGUUUAUUUUAGAGAUUGACAAACAAGAGUUUGGGUUGAAACCAAUGAAUUGCCCAGGACACUGUCUGAUGUUUAAACACAGGGUUCGAUCAUAUAGAGAACUUCCUCUCCGUUUUGCUGAUUUUGGAGUUUUGCAUCGGAAUGAGGCUAGUGGUGCCCUGAGUGGAUUGACACGUGUUCGGAGAUUUCAACAGGAUGAUGCACAUAUUUUCUGCAGGGAGUCCCAGAUAAAGGAUGAAGUGAGGAACGCAUUAAGUUUCAUCAAUUAUGUCUAUAACAUAUUUGGUUUCACAUAUGAGCUGAAGCUUUCAACGAGACCAGAGAAAUACCUAGGAGAUAUUGCAACCUGGGAUAAAGCUGAAAGUGCUCUUAAAGAAGCUUUAGAUGAUUUUGGCAAGCCUUGGCAGUUGAAUGAAGGGGAUGGGGCAUUCUAUGGGCCAAAGAUAGACAUCAGUGUAUCUGAUGCAUUAAGUAGGAAAUUCCAGUGUGCAACUUUGCAGCUUGACUUCCAGCUUCCUGAUCGUUUUAAGUUGGAAUUCUCAGCUGAGGAUGAAGCCAAAAUUGAGAGACCUGUAAUGAUACAUAGAGCAAUUCUAGGAUCUGUUGAACGCAUGUUUGCCAUACUUUUAGAGCACUACAAGGGUAAAUGGCCUUUCUGGCUCAGUCCUCGUCAAGCAAUUGUAUGUCCUGUGUCUGAAAAAUCACAAUCUUAUGCACUACAGGUGAAAGAUCAGAUCCACCAAGCAGGAUUUCACAUUGAUGCUGAUACAACUGAUAGGAAGAUUCAAAAGAAGGUACGAGAAGCACAAUUAGCACAAUACAACUACAUCUUGGUUGUCGGAGAGGAGGAAGCAAAUACUGGACAGGUGAGUGUGCGAGUUAGAGACAAGGGAGAUCAUAACGUUAUGAGUAUAGAGAACCUACUUAAACAUUUCAGAGACGAAGCUGCAGCUUACCAUUGAUACUUUGCUUGUGAAAACUGUUUAAGAAAAUUUUCAGCCCCAAAUACCGUAGAUUACACAUUUGUGUGUGCAUUAUUUAUAUUUUUAAUUUAACUUUGCUAUUUAUCCUGGUUUUAUAUAUGAUUUGAAUGAUCAGUGUAUUGCAUUGCCAUCACACUACGAAGAUAACGGGUUUUUUGGUUAUACCUGGAACGUAGUCAAUUAGAUCCUUGUAUUGGUGUUUCUACGUU